AUGGUCUCCAUCCCAAUCGACAUGAUCACUUCGCGUUUCGGCGAUCGCUUCAACAACAUCCGCAGCACCUCGUUGAGCACGCGUUUCUCCAAUCUGCGCCCAAUCUCCGAGUUCCUCGACAUUAAGCGCCUGUCCAAGCCCGCCAACUUCGCCGAGGCCCAGAGCCGAGUCAACUACAAUUUGUCCUACUUCUCCAGCAACUAUGCGGUCGUGUUUGUGAUGCUCAGCAUCUACAGUCUGCUGACAAAUUUGGCGCUACUGUUCGACAUGAUCUUCGUGACCGCAGGUCUCUAUGGAAUCAACAAACUGCAAGGUCGCGAUCUGGAUCUGGGCUUCUCGCGCUUCACCACUUCGCAGCUCUACACGGGACUGCUCAUCAUCGCCGUCCCCGUCGGCCUCUGGGCCUCCCCCCUCACGACUGCCCUGUGGUUGAUCGGCGCUACCGGCGUGACCGUCUUCGGCCACGCCGCUUUACUGGAUAAACCUAUCGAGAAUGCUUUUUCCGAGGAGGCGGUUUAG